CAAUUUGCAAUCAGUAGGCGAUGAAAUCAAUGCAAAGAGCACAAAUCAAAGAGAUGCACAAACCAGUUUCUUUUUUGAGUCGACAUCGAAAAUAAGUGUUCUUUCAAGUGUUCUUGUGUUUUAAGCAUUUAUCAGAAAGAUGAACAACAAUAUGAUCAUUUUCAAGAAAUUACGCAAUCGUAUGGUUCCUUACUCCCCACCGAGAUUGAAUCGCAGGAAUAACCGGGGUCGCGUUCAGAAUGCGCCAGCAUCACAACCCACCGUUGAUGCCGAGGCUGGCCCUAUGGCUGAAGCUGACAUUGAAGUUAUGGAGGAGGCUGACCUUAACAAUAAUAUUGAGGAAGAUGAUAUGGCUGAUAAUGACCCUACGGCUGAGGCUGAAGUUUUGGCUAGGGCCCCGAGGUGGGGAUGGAAUUUCUUGCCGAGGCUGACCGUGAGAUGGAUGUUUAAGUUAUGGCCGGAGCUAAGCCUACGGCUGUGGCUGAAAUUGAAGUUAUGGAGGAGGCAGAGCUUAAUUUUUAAACUGAGGAUGAUGAUGUAUCUGAGGAUGACCCGGAAUAGGAGGGAGGAAUAGAAUGAUUGAUCGGCAAUCCAAAAAUAUAAUAAGUAAAUGCAUAACGGACAUGUGCAAUUCAUGUCCGUUA